AAGUCCAACGAAUCUCAUUUGUAACAGACAAAUAAUUCCCCUCACCUAAAUCCCCAUUUGACUUCCGGCAGAAUCCAUUCAUUCUCCGAUCAUCCUUCUCCGAUGAAUUAGGUCGGUGAUUUUGAUGGCAUCGAUUCGGCGAACAACACCAUAUCCAUCAUCACCAUUAUGCAAUGAUGGAAUCCCCAGAGUUGAAUCUCCAUCACAUAAGCUCUUAUACGGUUCAAAUUACUCACCAACGACAACAUCAUCAUCGAGAUUAAAGAGAUUCUUAUCCGGAAUCUUCUUAUUUCCAUCAUCGCAGAAGAAUUCAAAGAAACAAUUGAAAAGGUCAAUCACUCGAUUCUCAUUGUUUUUUGUAUUUGGAUUCUUAUUAGGUUUAACUCCAUUUGGUACCAUUGAUUUUGAUACUCAAUUCACUAGUAAUUCUAGUCAACCACAAGAUUUCUCACUUGAUCAUCAUCAUACACAAACUGUUAAUCGUGUUAUUAGAGAAAAUGCUGUUGUAGAAGGUGGUGGUGACGGUGUUGAUGGCGGUGGUGGUGGAAUUGGAGGUGUUGAUGAGGGUGUAAUUGGCAUUGAAGGUGGUGGUGCAGGGGAAACUGGUGGAAUUAGGGAUGGAGGAGAUGAUGGGAUGGGUAGUGUUGUAAUAGUUAAGAAACAAUUGAUAAUUGUGACACCAACGUAUAAUCGAGCGUUGCAAGCGUAUUUUCUACAUAGAUUAGGACAGACAUUGAGACUUGUUGAGGCGCCGUUAUUGUGGAUUAUUGUGGAAAUGAAUAUGUUGUCGAUGGAGACAGCGGAGAUUUUGAGGAAAAGUGGUGUUAUGUAUAGACAUCUUGUCUGUGCCAAGAAUAGUACCAAUGUGAAAGAUAGAGGUGUUCAUCAGAGGAAUACUGUGUUGCAACAUAUUGAGCAACAUAAACUUGAUGGGAUUGUGUAUUUUGCAGAUGAUGAUAAUAUUUAUUCGCUCGAGUUGUUUCAAAGCUUGAGAGAAAUCAGGUAUAUUGCUGUAAUUUGCAGCCGCUUCGGCACUUGGCCAGUUGCUAUGCUUGCUCAAAGCAAAGCCAAGGCGAUACUGGAAGGUCCUGUCUGCAAUGGAAGUCAGGUUAUCGGAUGGCAUACAAAUGAGAAGAGUAAGAGGCUUAGAAGGUUUCAUGUCGAUAUGUCAGGAUUUGCAUUCAAUAGCACCAUCCUUUGGGAUCCCAAGAAAUGGCAUCGCCCAACAUCAAAACCUGUGCGACAGCUAGACACAGUGAAGGAAGGGUUUCAAGAGACCACAUUUAUCGAGCAGGUGGUGGAGGAUGAAUAUCAAAUGGAAGGCUUACCUGAAGGUUGUUCAAGAGUCAUGAAUUGGCAUCUCCAUUUAGAUGCCCGUAAUCUCGUGUAUCCAGGAGGGUGGCUACUUCAAAAGAACCUUGAUGCUGUUCUCCCUGUUUCAGAGUUUGGCUAGUUUCUCUGCAACCUUAUGCUUGAAUUGGAAGAUGCAGUAUACUUGGAGCAGAUGAUGCCCCCCUGUAACUAUUCGGUAAAUUGCAAGAGAAGGGACAUUAGCAAAUCAUACCAAAAGUGUCAGCAUACAACAGAAACAGGUAGAGGUCCUGAGCAUUUUGUAACUAGACAUUAGCAAAUCAUAGUCAGAAAAUUUCUUUCUGCUCAGUGUAUUUUUGUGUUUUGGGAAACGACUCAAAAUCUUGUUACUUGGGGAUGUGUUGAGUCCCCUUUAGAUUCAUCAAAAGAUGUCAUUUACAGUUUUACUUUACAUACAAAGAUGGUAUGGUUGUCUGUUGACAGUAAUUCAGGUUACGGGGUCUGCUAUGCAAUGUUUAUGAAACUGCAGUUUUGCUUCGCUGUAAGAGCAGCUCAUUCACCCAUCAACAAAGUAAUUCUUUGCUCUUGUUAUUUCUUA